UCCCCUCCCCCGCCCUCCUCCCCUCCGGUCCUGUCUCCAGCGGGAGCGCGAGACGCUGGUCAGGCUCCGCGGCGCAGCUCGAAAAUGAAUAAUCGCCCCCAAUUGACUUGAAUUCCUCCGAAGCCGACGCCGCGGCCGUCCGCCGCCCGGGAUCUGUUUGCUGUGUUUUUUGCUUUCUCCAUUCUUCCUUAAAAAAAAAAAAAAAGCAAAACAAAACCAGCCAGCCAGCCAACCAAGACUCCGGUUUGUUGAUCGCCUUUUUUUUUUUUUUUUUCACCGUUUGCGGGAUUUGCAAACCGAGUUACAUGCAUGUCCAGUGGGGGCAGGUUUAAUUUUGACGAUGGAGGGUCCUACUGUGGAGGCUGGGAGGACGGCAAGGCGCACGGCCAUGGCGUCUGCACCGGCCCCAAGGGCCAAGGCGAAUACACCGGCUCGUGGAGCCACGGCUUCGAGGUACUGGGCGUCUACACCUGGCCCAGCGGCAACACGUACCAGGGCACUUGGGCGCAGGGCAAGCGCCACGGCAUCGGCCUGGAGAGCAAGGGGAAGUGGGUGUACAAGGGCGAGUGGACGCACGGAUUUAAGGGGCGCUACGGGGUGCGGGAGUGCACGGGCAACGGGGCCAAGUACGAAGGGACCUGGAGCAACGGGCUGCAGGACGGCUACGGCACGGAGACCUACUCCGAUGGAGGGACCUACCAGGGCCAGUGGGUCGGCGGCAUGCGCCAGGGCUACGGCGUGCGGCAGAGUGUCCCCUACGGCAUGGCGGCGGUCAUCCGCUCGCCCCUGAGGACCUCCAUCAACUCCCUGCGCAGCGAGCACACCAAUGGCGCGGCGCUUCACCCCGACGCCUCCCCCGCCGUGGCCGGCAGCCCCGCCGUGUCCCGCGGGGGCUUCGUGCUGGUGGCGCACAGCGACUCCGAGAUCCUCAAGAGCAAGAAGAAAGGGCUGUUCCGGCGCUCGCUGCUGAGCGGGCUGAAGCUGCGCAAGUCGGAGUCCAAGAGCAGCCUGGCCAGCCAGCGCAGCAAGCAGAGCUCCUUCCGCAGCGAGGCUGGCAUGAGCUCGGUCAGCUCCACGGCCAGCGACAUCCACUCCACCAUCAGCCUGGGCGAGGGCGAGGCCGAGCUGUCGGCCAUCGAGGACGACAUCGACGCCACCACCACCGAGACCUACGUGGGGGAGUGGAAGAGCGACAAGCGCUCGGGCUUCGGCGUGAGCCAGCGCUCGGAUGGGCUCAAGUACGAGGGCGAGUGGGCGGGCAACCGGCGGCAUGGCUACGGCUGCAUGACCUUCCCUGACGGCACGAAGGAGGAGGGCAAGUACAAGCAGAACAUCCUCGUGAGCGGCAAGCGCAAGAACCUCAUCCCGCUGCGCGCCAGCAAGAUCCGCGAGAAGGUGGACCGGGCCGUGGAGGCGGCCGAGCGGGCAGCCACCAUCGCCAAGCAGAAGGCGGAGAUCGCGGCCUCCAGGACUUCUCACUCCCGGGCCAAGGCGGAGGCAGCCCUCACCGCGGCCCAGAAGGCCCAGGAGGAGGCGCGCAUCGCCCGGAUCACUGCCAAAGAGUUCUCCCCUUCCUUCCAGCACCGGGAAAACGGGCUCGAGUACCAGCGGCCGAAGCAUCAGCUUUCGAGUGAGGACAUCGAGGUGACCUCCACGGGGACGCCCCCGCAGCAGGAGAGCCCCGAGCUGUACCGCAAGGGCACCACCCCCUCGGACCUGACCCCCGACGACAGCCCCCUGCAGAGCUUCCCCGCCAGCCCCACGGCCACCCCACCCCCGGCCCCCGCCGCAAGGAACAAGGUGGCCCACUUCUCCCGGCAGGUCUCGGUGGACGAGGAGCGGGGCGGGGACAUCCAGAUGCUGCUGGAGGGCAGGGGAGGGGACUACACCCGCAACAGCUGGGCCGAGGAGAAGGCCGGGGCCUCCCGCGGCAUCCGCAGCGGCGUCCUCCGCAGCGGCCAGCCGGCGGAUGACUUCCGCACCCGGGGCGCGGGCCACAAGCAGUCCGGCAACCCCAAGCCCCGGGAGCGGCGGACGGAGUCCCCCACCACUUUCUCCUGGACUUCCCACCACCGGGCCGGCAACCCCGGCCCCGGGGGCCCCAAGCUGCUGGAGCUGGACGAGGAGAAACUGAGCAACUACGAGAUGGAGAUGAAGCCCCUGCUGAGGAUGGACUCGUACACACAAGACGUGCACCCUCCGAAAAGACGCUACAGCAAGGGGGGCGCCUGCCGGGGCCCCGGGGAGGACCACCGCCCGGAGGACCGAGCCUUCGGGGCCCAGAGACUGCGGUCCAAGUCCCAGAACAAGGAGCACGCCAGGCCAGCCCCCUGCGCGGAGCCCGCAGUGCAGAGGCUGGAGAGCCUGAGGCUGGGGGACCGCGCAGAGCCGCGGCUGCUGCGCUGGGACUUGACCUUCUCCCCGCCCCAGAGGUCCGCGCCCGUGGCGCUGGAGUCUGACGAUGAGAAUGGGGACGAGCUCAAGGCCAGCACGGGCUCUGCGCCGAUCCUGGUUGCCAUGGUGAUCUUGCUAAACAUCGGAGUCGCCAUUUUGUUUAUUAACUUUUUCAUCUGAGGAGAUUGUCACGUUCGGAAAAAACAGUUGGGGUACAAACGGGAGAUGUUUCAAAGCAAACCAACAAAAGGGAAGGCUCGUCGCUUGGACACCCAAUGACAACUUCCGAGUCUUUUCACAGAACCACACGAUUGGGUAUUACUCACAGUUUGCCUUUUUUUCUGGGUAAUGUUUUUUGGAUUUUAGCCACAGUUCCUUGCUUGUAUAACACUUUGCUGUGUGGCAUGGCAGAAGGAGGCCAGCACGCCGACCCUCCAGCUUGACAUGGAAAGAAAAGGGAUCCCGGCAAGUCCGCGGCAAAAAAAAAAAUCGUCAUUGUCAUCACACUCCAUCUGGGACGUGGAGGGGGCAGCCUGGGUGGAGGAUCGGGUGGUCCAGCCUUGGGGGGCGGGGGUGGGGGCCAGCGGCUGGGGACGGGCCGCACACAGGGAGUCCAGUAACCCUGCGUUCCUGUUCUGGACGAGCAGGUGACAGGCGUGGGCAUCCCCCUGGGCCUUGUUCUGUCUCAGACCUCUGCUGCACACCAAGAGCGGGGGCAAGCAUCUGCCCUCUCUACUGCCCGUGAAGCCAUCACACCCCGGCCCCUGGCACUGCCCCACGGCCCUCCUCACGAGGCCACCUUCCCACACCGAGUCUUACAGUCAAGUUCUUAUUUUUCUCACUGUCUCUCCCUCCCCCACCGACCCAGGCCCCCAGGGCUGCUGCGCAGUGGGUGUCCAGGGGACUGGCCCUGGGGGCAGGAGAGGGGUAGCACUGUGGUUGGGGACGGGGGUGAGACCUCGCAGGGACAGCCUGCCACUGGGCCCAGGCCCCAGCACGUGGCAUUCGUGCACUGCAGGCACAAGAUGCCUGUCCAGGCUCCUGCCGAGGUCCACAGCCCGGUCGGCCCCCACGCCACGUGGUCCUCUCUGGCUGUCUCUGAGGCCGCAGUCUCCACAUUCUCGUCCUGUGCCUGCCUCCACUGCCCCGGCAGACACGCGUUUUCCUCCUAGAUGCCUCACGCACACUUGGGGGCUGGUCGGGUCCCAGGACAGGAAUGUGGUCGCAACCCAGGGGGGCUUGACAGCUCCUAAGCAGUCAUGACAUAUCCACCUCCAGAAUAUGCAACCUACUUGUUUCAGCCCCUCAAGACCAGGUUCUGGUGUGUCUGCCGCCAGCGCUGUCCACCGUCCAAACUAAACACCAAGGUCCCAGACCGUCUGGGUGCCCGCCUGGCGGGCUGUGUGCGCGGAUGCGUGUGUGGGGCCCGCGCUCAGCCUGGGAAGGCCCAGGGUUUGGCGCCCAUGGGCUCUGCUUGCUCUGCUUCUGUUCAGCUGUCUCUCUGCUACGUUUCGAGCAGAUUUCUUUACUACACUGCACUGGAUUGCUAUAUUUUUAACCAGAAAUAAACUAAAGAUUAGAGCAUGUUCCAGUUAAAUUCAGUUUUUUUUUUUUCCUGUUACAGACUCACCCCCUGAUCCUUUUCCCAGCUGGGUUGAGUUUGGGGGUCUUCUUCGGGGGAGUGGGGGACACAGGAGAGGGAGGGAGGAUCUGCAGAAGAUACAUUUUUGCUGCUGUUACUUUCUGAAGGGAUGUUCCAUGUUUUUGUACAUCUUUUUUUUUUUUUACUACCGCGUGGUUGCCGCAGCCCUGGAGAGAACCAAAUAAACAUGCCUGCUCCUCGCAGCUCCACGCGUCGUCCAUGCUGGGUGUGUGUCCUGUGAUUCCGUCCGCAACACUUGGUAAAGGUCCGAUACCUCUGGUACAUUCCGGGCACUGCAGGACACAGAUGGUACCCGCACAGGCAGGGCACAUAUUCAUUCACAUGCAAACACCCUGAGCCACGUGCAAAACAGCGGCAGCACAAACGCCCAUCAUUCGAGGCAGGGGUCUCACCGGAGGCAGGCUGGCAUCCCAUCCCGCGUCCGGCUGCCAGCAGCACCCCUAAAAAGCGGAGCAGUGCCCGCCUGGACAGCUGUCAUCUCCCUGCACCUGGGGAAUCCCAGGUGGGUUCCGCCAAGAUCAUCAUACCCUGGGGCUGAUGGGCUCCACAAGCUAGUUUUUAACCGGUUUCCAGACGGUGGUCAAAGACUGGACUGCCCCGCAGGCUGGCCGGCCGGCCUUCUGUUGGCACCCCGGGUUUCCCAACAAGCACAUCCACGGGCUCCCUCCGGGCCAGGCUGGCUGGCCCGCCACUGCCGGGCAUGUCCCUGGUGGACAUGCAGGCCAGGGAAGAACGGGCGCAGUGGCGGCCCCGAUGGUGAGGAGCGCUGGCAGGCUUUAAUUAACCCCAGAGCAGCGUCGCGAGAGGCGUCUUGUCCCCUGACAGCUGCUUCCGAGCUCGAGAUGUGAAAACCAGGGCAGAGAAACCGAGAGACCUGGGCUGUGGAGAGCGGGGCGGGGCUGCCCUCAGGCUGGAAACCGCAACUGCACCCAAACAACCAACGGGGAAGAUGGGGUCUGUGCAGAAUAGCUCAGCGUGGCUGCAGGAACGCAACCGUGGGCCCGCUUCCCUGCUGGACGCCCUCCGUGAGGGCUCUGUGGGAGCAUAAGGGCACUCUCCACUUUCCUACCUUCAUGAAGCCCACAACUCCCCUGGAAAGUGUGCAGAGCGCACCAGCCUGCUCAUCAAAUGGCUCCCUUUUGUUUCUAGAGCCCCACUUUGGACAGUAAGUCAUAUGGCCAUCCCACUUAAAAACCCAAGAGGACAUUACCGAGAGCCCUGAGAGGUCCAGGUAACAAGCCCGGGACGUGACAGACUUGUUGAGGCAGACGAAUGUUGGGGAGAGUGAAACAAGCUGUUUCUGUCUUUCGCCCUUUCUUAGUUUGGGUUUUCCUGACCCAGCAGCAGGACCCACCCUGCGGGUCCCCCCAGCCCCAUGGGCAGAGGCCAUCUUUGGGUGACGCUCAGCUCACCCAAGGGCUCGCCUCCAGCUCUUCCUGCUUUUGUCUUGGAAACUUGCACAACAGUCCCUCCCGCACAUCACGACCCCUCUGCCCACGGCCACACGCGGUCAGCUCACGACACCCAGCUCGUACUGUCCUAGCGUCAUGAGCCUCAUGGGGGAACGAGGGUUUUCUACCAGGUAGUUCGGUAAGAGGAGGAGCCCAGACAAGGGCGGAGUGACGCGCAGCCAGGCUCAGCCUGGUCGGCCUUACUCUGCCCAGAGCUGCCCACAUCAGGAACUCGGCAGGAAGCAAGACCGAGAAACCACAGGCCCCAGUUACCAACCAUGUCUCUGACUCAGCCUGAAAGGAAGCAAGCGCAGCUGCCUUUGUCUCUGUAAAACCAGAGACGAAGCUGUACUUACGCCGCAUGCGCGUGAACCUGGGAACAUGGCCUCCGGGACACAGACUGUGCCCCAGCAGUGGGGGUGUGCAGGCAUGGGCACAGACACACUAGGGUGCUGGCCACCCAAGGGAGCAGCUGGACAGCCAGCCAGGCCAGGCAGAGGAGACCAGGAGGACCCCACGAGGGCGAUGGAAGCAGGACACUGCACUGACCCUGUCCCCUGAAGGGAAGCCCCUGUUCUGUCCAGGGGAGCCCCCGACUCCUUCCAGGGGAAUCCUCUCUCCUUCCAAAGGAGGAGUGCUCAUGUCAUCCAGGAGAGCCACAGCUCAAUCCAGGGGAAUCCCCUCUCUGUUCAGGGGAAGCCCCUCUCCUCCAGAACCCUCACCUUCCAGGAGAAUCCCCUCUCCGUUCAGGGGAAGCCCCUCUCCAUCCCAAGGAGCUCCUACUCCACCCUGGGGAGUUCUGUCUGUCCAAGGGAGCCUUCAAUCUGUCUAGGGGAGCCCCCCUUCAUCCUAGGUUACCCACCCUGUCCAGGAGAGCCUCCUGUCACUCCAGCAGAGCCCCUUUUCUGUCCCAGGGUACCCCUUCUCUGUCCAGGGGAACCCCCACCCUAUCCAAGGGAACCCCAUCUUUCCAGGGGAGACCCACCUCUAUCCAGGGGCAUCCCCUGAGUCCCCUCCAGGGGGGCCUGCACUCCUUCCAGGGGGCCCCCCAGGGGAGGACCGCAUCUCCAUCAAGGGGCCCCUCUCCACCCAGGGGAGUCCCCCCUCUGUCUAAGGGAGUCCCCUCACUGUCCAUGGCAGUUCCCCCUCAAUCCAAGGGGAGAUUCCUCCGUCCAGGGGCACCCCCGCCCCACCCAGGGGAUCCCCUCUCCACCCUGGGGCACCCCUUCUCCACCCUGGGGUGCCCCCCUCUGUUCUGGGGCACCCACAUUCUGUCCUGGGGAGCCCCCUCUCCACUGUGGGGAGCCCCCACUCCACUGGGGAGCCUGCACUCUGUCCUGCGGAGCCCCCCUUCACCCUGGGGAGCCCCCUCUCCGUCCUGGGGAGCCAGUGAGAGAAAGGGGUGGAGCCCAUCCGAAGGCGGGGAGGGGAGGUGGGCUCACCAGCCAGUCAGCACAGCAUGGAGCAGGCAGGAGGCCCACGGACGGCCCAGGCAAGCCCGACACGGCAGACACACCAGGAGACCCCAGGCCAGGCCCGACAGCACAGCAAGCAGGCCACCCACCGACAGGCACUUUAUUUUCCAAAGAGCCGAGAAAACUGUACAGCAAGUGGUCGAAAGCUGCCGCACUUUUUAGACACGAACGAGACGGCUGACCGUGCAGUCAGGCGGAGCUGAACUCCUGCUCCUGCUGAGGGGAAGCCCUGUGAGCGCCACGUCCCACCAGGCGCUGCACUGUGGGCGCGGCUCACCCUCGCCCUCAGUCCGGCCCCGACCUGCCAGAGGCCCAGCCAGACGUGCGGCACAGAAGAGGGACAGCAGCCUUGGGCCAGGUCAGUUUAUUUUAAGCCGCAGGGAACCGUGCCUCCCUCGGUCCAUCUUCCGGCUGAGCUGUCAUAGAAGGCCUGGGCCAGGGCCUGCGCGGCCCUCAGCACCCUCCUCUCCGGGGCGCCGGGCCCGACGUCGUCCCGCGCACACCUCAGCCAGUGCUGCUCCGUCCUGGGCAGGUAGUCUGCGAACAGCUCGCCAGGUGCCACCGAGGGGUGCUCCUCUUUGGUGGGGAAGGAGAGAGAAACGUGUUCAGUGAGGAAGGGGCCUACGUCCUGCAGAGCGAGCGUGUGAGCACCCCACGUCCACAGAGGACUGCACGAGGAAAGAGCACAGGCCCCACUCACAGCAAGUGCUCACACACCCUCCACACAGUGAGAAACACACACACCAGCUGCCUGCCUCGGGGGCAUAUCUACACAGUAAAGUGAAA